UACUUGUGUUGGCAGAUUUAGAAAUUGUUAAUAACAUUUCUACGUGUGUGAGGCGGGGUCCUGAACUAACAGCAUUCCCAACUCGUUUGGUGAGCUGUCCUGGUCAGCUGCUGAAGUUUACAGAAGAACAACUUUAGUCGGUGUUCGAUAAAGUAUUAGCAUUAGUGUAGUAAGAUGCGGUGGAGUAUGGAGGUGUUGAGUGUGUGUGUGGCGUGUUUAUCCUUGUGUGUUUCUCUAAUCAGCGCUUUUUCACAGUCUCUGGACAGUGACUUUACCUUCACUCUACCCGCCGGACGCAAAGAGUGCUUCUUCCAGACUAUGAAGAAAGACGCUUCACUGGAGAUCGAGUACCAGGUUCUGGAUGGAGCCAGUCUAGAUGUAGACUUCUACUUACAGUCGCCCAGCGGUCACAUCGUAGCCACCGACUACAGGAAGUCCGAUGGGGUUCAUACAGUGGAAACAGAAGAGGGAGACUACAUGUUCUGUUUUGAUAACACAUUCAGUGCGGUUUCUGAGAAAGUCAUCUUCUUUGAGUUGAUUUUGGACAACAUGGGGGACGGUGAGGAAUCGGAGGACUGGAAAGCAUACGUGCAGGGAGCAGACCUUCUGGACAUGAAGCUGGAAGAUAUCAUGGACACCAUCAACAGUGUGAAAUCUCGCCUGGGAAAGAGUCUUCAGAUCCAGACGUUGCUGAGAGCCUUCGAAGCCCGCGACCGCAACCUGCAGGAGAGCAACUACGAACGGGUCAACCUGUGGUCGUGUACCAACCUUGUUAUCAUGGUGGUCGUAUCCGGGGUCCAGGUGUACCUGCUGCGCAGCCUCUUCGACGACAAGAGGAAAACACGCACAUAACCUCCUCUACUGCUACUGACUGAAAAACACAAACACACACACACCUCUGUCUGUCUCUCUGUCCAUAAAUAUUCAGCUCCAUCCUCUGUUUGCUCCUAUCAAAGUGUCCUUGAACUGAAAAUAGUGGAGUCUCCUCUUCUUCACUUUUUUUUUUAUCUCUCUUGCCGCCUUGUGAUGAAGACAAUCAUUUUCUACUUGACUAAACCGAUUAAAUGAGAGAUUGAAGUUGA